AUGGGUCUUAAUGACCCUAUUAAGCAGACAGAGAUUACGAAAUGGGUUGAAAAUUACCAUUUAUCUCUGUUUGCUAUAGUGGAGACUAGAGUGAGAGGAUGUAAUGUGGAUAAAGUUUGGGGGAAACUUAGAUUGAAUGGAUGGUGCUUGAUCAAUAAUAACGAGUAUUGUGAGUUAGGAAGGAUUUGGGUAAUUUACAAGGAGGAUAAAAUGAAUGUUAAGAAGAUUGUAGUGACUGAUCAGGUGAUUCACUGUGAAGUCAGUUGGGGAGAUAAAAAAUUCUUAUGCUCUUUUAUAUAUGGGGCAAAUGAUACAAUGGGAAGAACUAGUUUGUGGAGAACUAUUAGCCAGAUUGCUGUUGAGGUUCAGCUUCCUUGGACUGUGCUAGGUGAUUUCAAUGCUAUUCUUAAUAAUAGUGAAAGAAGAGGGGGUCUAGAAGCAGUGCAAAUUGACUGUGAACAGUUCAAAGAGUGCAUUGAACAAGAUAAUCUAAUUGAGAUGAAGUGGACUUGUCAUGAAUUUACUUGGAAUAAUAACCAAGAUGGAGACAGCAGAGUUUGGAGAAGGUUGCACAAGAUACUAAUUUCAGAGGCUUGGCUGAAUUCUUUUGAGGCUAAAGCAAGAGUGUUGAAUUCAGGUAUUUAUGAUCAUUCACCCUUAAUCAUCCAAUUUAUUGAGCCAAUUAAUGUUAGUCAUAAACCACUUCGAUUCUUCAAUGUAUGGGCUGAAAGUAAUGAGUUUAUGAUCAUUGUGGGAGAUAGCUUGGCUGAAUCUGUAGAAGGCCAUCAAAUGUUUAAGGUGGUAAUAAAGUUGAAGAGAUUAAAGAGAGAACUCAGGAAACUGAAUAGAAAAUGUUUUAGCAAUAUAUCCAGCCAAGUGGAGGAUAUGAAGGAACAACUGGAUGAGAUCCAAAAUCAGUUAAGCCAUGAUGUGAUGAAUAGUGAGCUGUUUAGAGUUAAAAACGAGAUGGGGAAUAAGUAUAAAGAAUUUCUUAGAUGGGAGGAGAAUAUAUAUAGACAAAAAUCUAGAGCCCAGUGGAUUGAAUUAGGAGACCUAAAUACUAAAUUCUUUCAUAGAUCUUUAAUGAAGAGACAGUCCAUGAAUAUAAUAACUCAACUAAAUGUUGAUGGAGUUAUUAUUAGAGAUCACGAGAUGAUUAGAAAUAAAAUUAUGUGCUAUUACACAGAAUUAUUAGGGAAACAUCCAUAG